GAACUGGCAUUAAGACCAUUUUGUCAUUGGAGGGCCUAUAUAUGGCCCCUCUACUUCAACACACUGCUUCACACACACACAGAGUCGCAUACUCAGUCCGAUCGAUCUCACUGGUAAGCUCUGGUUAGCUAGGAGCUUCAGUGCCUUUUCACACAGAUCGGUCCAGCUCGGCAGCCACAACUCAGCACCGAUGGCCACCGUCGAGGUCCAAGUCGCGAGUGCCACGCUGCCCGCCGAGGAGGCUCCGGUGGCGGUGGAGGCGGUCCAGGCGGCCGUCGUUUCCGAGGAGGCCCCGAAGGAGGAAGCCGCUGCUCCGGCUGUGGCCGAGAGCAAAGACGCAGAGCCUGCUCCGGCCGAGACGGAGGCCACCAAAGAGGCCGUGCCGGAGGUCGCUGCAGCACCCGAGACGGAGGCCACCAAAGAGCCGGAGCCGGAGGCUGCCCCGGCCCAGACUGAGACGAAGGAGGCCGAACCAGAGGCAGCUCCGGCUGAGACCGAGACCAAGGAAGCAGAGCCAGAGGCUGCAUCCCCGGCCGAGGCAGAGACCAAGGAAGCAGAGCCAGAGGCUGCAGCCCUGGCUGGGACCGAGACUAAGGAGGCAGAGCCCGCCGCUACCGAGGCCGAGGCCAAAGAGCCGGAGGCCGUGCCGACUGAGGAGACCAAGGAGGAGGCGCCCGUUGCCGCGGCCGCCGCUGUUACAGAACCGGCUCCGGCGCAGGAGGAAGUGCCGGCCGACGCGACUGAGGAGGCCGUAGCCGUCGAGGCUGCACCGGCAGAGGCCGAAGCUCCGGCCGCCGCGACCGAAGAGGCCGUAGCUGUCGAGGCUGCGCCGGCGCCGGCGCCUGCUACCGAGGCCGACAAGGCCAGCGAGUGAGCUGAGUGGGCGUACGUGCGAUCGAUCGAGCUAUCUUAGGGUGUCGUGCUCCCGCCACGGCAUCUUUUUGCUGCUUCGCGUUUGCUUUCGGCGGGAGUCGUCGUUGUUUGGGUUCAUCGGUUCUUGUAGCUACGUGGAGCCCCAGUAGUAAGGGGCGUGUCGAAUAAUGUACGUGUCUGUGUCUGUGGGGUUUCCGGGCCCAGUGUCAGUGCUGAUGUGACGUGGCUUGAUCGCACUUUGGUGGAGCCCGGACCCUGGAGCUCUUUGUCGUUUAAUUAUGUUGGUUUGUGUGUGUUCUUGUACUAGGUAGGGAUGUGUGACGCUCUAGAUCCAGGUUCACUGCUGAAUCUGGACAAAGCCUGGUCAUAUUGAGUAAUUUCAUAUUUUCUUGAAGCA